UUGGUUCAUUUGGCUGAUAGCGACAGACACCUGACUUACAAUCCACCCGCUACUAACUGAUCCAUGAAACCAUAAAGAAAGAGCACGUAGGCAACUUCUUGUCGACAAGCUCGGACCUUCAUAUCUCAAGAUGCUGGCUUCUCGUGCACUUGUGCGGGGACUUCAGUCCGGAUUCUGGAGGAGGGUGUCAACUUCAUCUGCUGCCUGGGCUGCACACACUCACGAUAUUGAUGUGGUUGACUGCUCCAUUCCUCAGUACAACAACCGUCUGGAUACACCACUGCCCGAUGUUCCAUUUGUCCGAAAUCUCAGUGCUGAACAGAAGAAACUCAAAGAGAAAGAGAAGGGAUCAUGGACCCAGCUCACCAAGGAGGAGAAACUCGCCUUGUACAGACUCACCCAUGAGCUGUCGUACGCAGAGAUGAGGCAAGGUUCCAAAGAGUGGAUGACUGUCCUCGGGGGCGUCUUCAUCUUCCUUGGCUUCACAGGGCUGCUGGUGUGGUGGCAGCGUGUCUAUGUGUAUGGUGAUGUUCCGCACACUUUGUCUGAAGAGUCGGUUGCCCAGCAGACGCAGAGGAUGAUAGAUAUGAGAGUGAACCCCGUCCAUGGAUUCUCUCAUAAGUGGGACUAUGAAAAGAAACAGUGGAAAUAAAUACGUAAUUAAUGCAUUCCACCGUAAUGACUAAAAAUGUAUCAGGAUUGAAUUAAUGAGAAGUUCCAAACUCAAUAAUGCUGUGCAACCGACAGCCUUAAAAAUAUAUUCCAGUGUGAAUCUAAAUAAAUGCACUGAAUUAAACCCUGAGCUGCUCCA